AUUCCCACGACACACCUCUGUGCAUGAAGACUUCAGAGGGUACACAAUGCAGGAAAUCAGAAUUCAGCUCCAUAAAACAUUCCAGAUUCCACAUAUCACCAACAUUCUUUCUUCCUCUUGGCUUAUAUUAGGGAUAGGGGAUGUGGUUUAUUACAAAGGAUGAGUAUUUUAAUAGCUUCUUAUUCCUUGAGCUAUUCCGCAGGUUUAUAACAAAGCUCAGAAAAUACUAAAGGUUAAAGGAGAACUGAGAGCUGCCAAGGAAAUGAAAGAUGAGGCGGGGGAGAGAGACAGAGAAGUGAGCAGCCUGAACAGCAAGCUGUUAAGCCUGCAAGUUGACAUCAAGAAUCUGCACGAUGUCUGCAAGAGACAGAGGAAGACCUUGCAGGACAAUCAGCUCUGCAUGGAGGAGGCAAUGAACAGCAGCCACAACAAGAAGCAAGCACAGGCAUUAGCAUUCGAGGAGUCAGAGAUGGAAUUCGGGUCCAGUAAACAGUGUCAUCUGAGGCAACUCCAGCAACUGAAGAAAAAAUUGCUGGCCCUUCAACAAGAACUGGAGUUUCGCACAGAGGAGUUGCAGACUUCUUACUGUUCUCUCCGCCAGUAUCAGUCCAUCCUAGAAAAGCAGACUUCUGACCUGGUUCUUCUGCACCAUCACUGCAAACUGAAAGAAGAUGAGGUGAUUCUCUAUGAGGAGGAAAUGGGAAAUCACAACGAGAACACAGGGGAGAAGCUCCAUUUGGCACAGGAGCAACUCGCCUUGGCCGGGGACAAGAUCGCCUCCCUAGAGAGGAGCUUAAGCCUCUACAGGGAUAAAUACCAGUCUUCCCUGAGCAACAUCGAGUUACUAGAAUACCAAGUGAAGAUGUUGCAGGGGGAGCUCGGCGGGAUCAUGGGUCAGGAGCCUGAGAACAAGGGUGAUCAUUCAAAGGUACGAAUAUACACUGCUCCUUGCAUGAUUCAAGAGCAUCAGGAGACCCUGAAACGACUGUCUGAGGUCUGGCAAAAGGUCUCUGAACAGGAUGAUCUCAUUCAAGAACUUCGAAAUAAGCUGGCCUGCAGUAACGCUUUGGUUCUGGAGCGUGAAGAGGCUUUGAUAAAACUACAAGCCGACUUUGCUUCCUAUACAGCUACCCACAGAUACCCUCCUAGCUCCUCAGAAGAGUGUGAAGACAUCAAAAAGAUACUGAAGCACUUGCAGGAGCAGAAAGACAGCCAGUGCCUGCAUGUGGAGGAGUACCAGAACCUGGUGAAGGAUCUGCGCAUGGAACUAGAGGUCGUGUCGGAACAGAAGAAAAACAUCAUGAAGGACAUGAUGAAGCUGGAGCUGGACCUGCACCGACUGCGGGAGGAGACAUCUGCCCACAUUGAGAGGAAGGAUAAGGACAUCGCCAUCCUGCAGUGCCGGCUGCAGGAGCUGCAGCUGGAGUUCACCGAGACGCAAAAGCUUGCUUUGAAGAAAGACAAGUUCCUCCAAGAGAAAGAUGAGAUGCUGCAUGAGCUGCAGAAGAAACUGACACAGGUUCAGAACAGCUUCCUGAAAAAGGAGAAGGAGCUGGAGAAGCAGCAGUGCAUGGCCACAGAACUCGAAAUGACGGUCAAGGAGGCUAAGCAGGACAAGUCCAAGAAGGUGGAGUGCGAGGCCCUACAGGCUGAGGUCCAGAAGCUGAAGAACAGUCUCGAAGAAGCCAAGCAGCAGCAGAGGCUGGCUGCUCAGCAAGCAGCCCAGAGCAAAGAAGAGGCUGUGCUGGCAGGCUGUCACCUGGAGGACACCCAGAGGAAACUGCAGAACGGCCUCCUCCUGGACAAGCAGAAGGCAGACACCAUCCAGGAACUACAGCGAGAACUUCAGAAGCUGCAGAAGGAGUCUUCGAUGGCUGAGAAGGAACAAACCUGCAACAGAAAACGGGCGGAGGAGCUGUCAUCAGAACUCUCUGAAGCCCUGAGGAAGCUUGAAAAUUCAGACAAGGAAAAGAGGCAGCUUCAGAAGACAGUGGCUGAGCAGGAUAUGAAAAUGAAUGACAUGCUCGAUCGUAUCAAGCUCAUUCAGCACCAGCACAGGGAGCAAGAAUCCACCAAAUGCAAGUUAGAAGAUGAUCUUCAGGAGGCCACAAAGCUACUGGAGGACAAACGGGAGCAGUUGAAGAAGAGCAAAGACCGUGAGAAGCUGAUGGAGGAAGAACUUGAAGCUCUGCGGCAGGAAUUUAAAAAGAAAGACAAGACGUUGAAAGAGAAUUCCAGAAAGUUGGAGGAAGAAAAUGAGAAUCUCCGAGCAGAGUUACAGUGUUGUUCUACACAACUGGAAUCCUCUGUCAACAAAUACAACACCAGCCAACAGGUCAUCCAAGACUUGAAUAAAGAGAUAGCCCUUCAGAAGGAGUCCUUAAUGAGCCUGCAGGCCCAGCUGGACAAAGCUCUACAGAAGGAGAAGCACUAUCUCCAGACCACCAUCACCAAAGAAGCCUAUGAUGCAUUAUCCCGGAAGUCAGCCGCCUGCCAGGACGACCUGACCCAAGCCCUCGAGAAGCUCAAUCAUGUGACCUCGGAGACAAAGAGCCUGCAGCGAAGCUUGACACAGACCCAAGAGAAGAAAGCUCAGCUGGAAGAGGAAAUCAUUGCUUAUGAGGAAAGGAUGAAAAAGCUCAAUAUGGAAUUAAAAAAACUGCGGGGCUUCCACCAGGAGAGUGAGCUGGAGGUGCACGCCUUCGACAAGAAGCUAGAGGAGAUGAGCUGUCAGGUGCUGCAGUGGCAGAAGCAACACCAGAAUGACCUCAAGAUGCUGGCAGCCAAAGAGGAGCAGCUCAGGGAGUUCCAGGAGGAGAUGGCCGCCCUGAAAGAGAACCUCCUUGAGGACGAUAAGGAGCCCUGCUGCCUGCCCCAGCGGUCUGUACCCAAAGACACCUGUAGCCUCUACCGAGAGAACGAUCAGAUUAUGACCAGCUUGGAGCAAUGGGCGAAACAGCAGAAGGUCGCCAAUGAGAAACUGGGAAACAAGCUCCGAGAGCAGGUGAAAUACAUCGCCAAGCUGAGUGGUGAAAAGGACAGGGAACCAAGCAGAGCCACCAGCCCCAACACAACCCAUCCUUCCUCUCCUUCCCACAGCCACCUCCACAAUGUAAUGGUCCACCUGCAGCAGGAAAACAAGAAGCUGAAGAAGGAAAUAGAAGAUAAGAAGACGAAAGCUGAGAACACAAGGCUAUGCACCAAAGCCCUAGGCCCGAGCAAAACAGAGUCCACACAGAGAGGGAAAGUGUGCGGUGCCUUGGGCUGGAAGGGGUUGCCCCAGGACGGGGGUCAAAGAAUGGACCUCACCAAGUACAUCGGGAUGCCCCAUUGCCCGGGUUCCUCGUAUUGCUAGAAUCCACAUCUAGCCAUGAGCAGCAUUUCCACGCGUGUUUCUUCCGAGGACAGUGAGUUCCCAGCCCUCCCUUUCUCUUGACCUGGAUCAGCUCUUACGGGAAUAUAUCACGGUCCCAGCCUAUUUUGCAAGACACUAACGUUCAUUGAGUUUUGCCCACUUCCUGCCAUGGAGUGAGCUUUAGAAGCAUACGUCCAUCUCCAGGCCCAAAUAUGAAAUAAAGACAUGAGCAUGA